AUGCGUCGUCGGAGCCAGCAGCUCCCCGUAGUGACUAUAUAUGAGUUUGAGCGCAAGAUUGAGCUCCUCCGGUUGGCUCGGCAGUAUGCAGAAGGGGAAGGACCCUUGGGGGCGUUCCAACCGCUGACAUCAGAGGGCCCCCAAACCCUAAGUGGCGCCGCCGCAGAAUUCCAUGCGGCUGUUCGCUGCAAUAAAAAGGGCAGGGACCAUCUUAAGAAGCCGCAUACACAACAGCAACUGCGGCCAGAAAAGGGUAGUGCGGAGGCAGCAACAGAAACUGACGAAAGGACAGCAGCAGCAAAAGCUGCAGCAGCUGCUUGGCGUGCUGCGCUGCAGCAAUACCCUGAGAGGUGUAACUUAUUCGAGCAGAUGCCCGCCUUUGCUUCAGCAGCAGAGAACGUGAACUAUAUGAGGAAGGCAUACGGCUUCUUUAUACCGGAUGAAGAAUACUGCGUGAACACAGCCGGACUGCUACGUUGCCUAUGGCGGGAGCAGCAGCAGCAGCCACGUUGCCUCCUUUGCUGCAAACGUUUCAGGGGGAUCCGCGCUGCAAUGCAACACAUGCAGCAGCAACGGCACUUCCAGCUUAAAUGGAGCGAAGAGCAGCAGGAUUUGUUGCAUAGAUUCUAUGAUUACAAGAAAUCUUACUACGAACUCCUGGAACGGCUGGGUGCUUCCAAGGCUCUGCAGCUGCAGGCCCAUAGCAACGAGGGCAGCGAACAGAGCAACCCAGCCGAAGUAGCAGGUGAUGCAGAAGUGGCGGAAAUUACAGUGGAGGAAGAGAGCGAGUGGGAGGACUGCAGCAGCGACGAUGGAAAUGGCACAACUGCUGCCUCUGAGCAGCAGAAGCUAGAGGCACUUCUAAAAGCCAGAGGAUGGCGUCAUGCUCGCGUGACAGACGAGGGUCACUUGCAGCUUCCCAACGGCCAGGAGGUUCUGCAUCGCUCUCAUGCCAUCUUUUGUCGGCAACGCCUCCGCCGCUUCGGGCCUCAGCUGGCUGAGCAGUGUGUUUUGCAGGACAUGGCUGGGGUCCCACCGGAGCAUGCCCUAGACAUACGCAAACAGUCCUUGGCCCUCUGCAAACGGGAGAAGCUGCAGAGGCACCUUCGAAUGGUGGGAGGCGAGUUUUCUCUGCAGCAGCCUAAACGUCCGUUGCUGCAACCGCAACAGCGCCGGUUGGCGUGGCGUCGAGAGGCCGAGCAGCAACGAAAGUGGCAACAUCAGCGUAUGAAGUUAGGCAUCAAAGCCAACACCCUCCAGCGCACAAUCUUGAAAGAGACCAAGUUCUUCUUGUAA